AUGCUUAGCAAACUUGCUACUAAAGAAAGUUUAAUGAAAAAAUUUUUUGAAAUCAAUUUCAAAAGAUAUUUAGCAUCAAAAGUUAUUGGGAUAACUGGUAGACCAGUAUCACCUAAACAAUUGUCUGUUUCUCCCACUGAAAGUGGAUAUUUUAAAUAUGAAAGAAAUAUUUCUCGUAAUAGUAAAUAUUCAAAUCCACAAUUAAAAGGUGAUACCCCAUUUAGAUUUUUGAUAAGUCGUUUAGGACAUGCCUAUGAAGUAUAUCCUUUACUUUUUCUUUGUAGUGCAUGGGUUUGUUGCUUUGUUUUUAUAACAUGGUGGAGUUUCCAAAAAAUAGAAGUAUGGAUAGAUAGAACUCAAGAGGAAGGUCCAUGGGCUUGGGAAAGAAUUAAAAAUAAUUAUUGGAAACAAAAGAAGGUAUUAUUUGAUUUUGAUAAAAAAUAUUCUCAAAGACUUGAGAUAAUGGAAGCCCUUCAAGAUGAAAUGAUUGAAGCAGCUAAAAAGAAAGGACUUAGAUAA